AUGGACAAGCGGAGGUCUGAAUCUGACUGCUACGUUAUUCUCUCUCUCCCAACCGCAACGACCAAAACCUACCGUACAACAACUGUGUCGAACAAUGACAACCCAGAGUGGAAUGAAACGUUUACCUUUAGGGUCCCGACCCAUGUGAAAAACAUUCUAGAGAUCAAGCUGUAUGAUGAGGACCCUUUGGCACGUGAUGACCUGUUUGCCGAACUUCUGUUUGAUGUCACAAAGCUCACAAUAGGGAAGAAGGAGACCAAGGUCUUCACUAUAAACCCAGAGGCUGCCCCGUUCUCUGUAGUGGAUAUUAACAUUGGCAAGGUUCAAAGCGAUGACCCUUUGUGGAACAAGGUGCUGAGACUGAGGGGAGCCCUUCGUGAAAAUCAGACAGUUAAUGCAAAAGAAACCCCAAAACUGCAUUUCUACAUGAACAGAGACUUGGAGACAGAACUAGGAGUGGUAGCCUCUGGUUAUACCGAUGCCUCUACUGGAUCAAUGGAAACUUAUAUAAAUUUCCCGCCACUACCAGCCAAACAUGCAGGCAAAGUGUCCCUUGUUAUUGACCAGGACACAGUGGAUUUAGACAUGGAAACACAUGAAGGUGAGGGUCUUUCAAUUCGUCUGGACUUUGACAUCCCAACUCAAGAGAAAGAGUAUCUGAAGAAGAGGAACGUUGUGGUGGCACAGGCUUUUCAGAAGCUUUUUGGCUCUCCACCUGGUCCUAAAAAGGUGCCAACGAUAGCAAUUGUGGCUUCAGGUGGAGGGUCCAGAGCAAUGACAGGCCUGCUUGGUAGUCUGAGAGGCCUGAAGGACAUCGGGGUCCUGGAUGCUGUCAGUUACAUCACUGGUGUUUCUGGAUCCACAUGGGCUAUGUCUACUCUGUAUCAGGAAGCUAACUGGUCACAGGAGGACAUAGACGGUAUCAUCUCAGCAAACAAGGAACAGAUGACCAAGUCUAUACUGAGUGUCUUCUCUCCUGAUAAACUCCAGUAUUACAGAGAAGAAAUUGCUAAGAAAGAGCAAGAGGGUUACAUUGUGUCACUCAUCGAUAUGAUGGGCCUGAUCUUUGAGCAUCUUGUCUUUGGGAAGAAAGUCACCAGUACCCUUUCUGAGCAGCAGAGAGCAGUGAAUGAAGGCCAAAACCCUCUACCCAUAUACACUGCUGUCAAUAUGAAGGAUAUGGUAAAGGGAUGUCAAUCUGAAGCUGAAUGGUGUGAGUUUACACCCUAUGAGGUAGGCAUCCAGAAGUAUGGGGCAUUUGUUCAAACUGAGGACUUCGGGAGUCAGUUCCUUCUAGGUCAUAUCAUAAAGAAACUUCCAGAAGUCCGCAUCCCUUAUCUGAUCGGAAUAUGGAGCAGCGCUAUUUCUGUCACCCUGACCCGGCUAUGGACGUUUACUACGGGGUCCAAGCCUUUUUGGAGCCCCUGGAUUGGACCAGAUGUCCACAAUAUAGACGUUGACACUGAACCAUUAACUCUGGACACACAUCUCAUAAAUCCAACCUCAGAUAUCACCGGCAUAAUGACUGAUUUCUUCAAAAAUCGUCCAGUCAUUGCUGAAAUGUACAAUUUCAUGCGUGGUCUCUUCAUGCACAGGGACUACAAUCAACAGCGCAACUUUGUUGCCUGGAAAGAAACACAUCCAGAUGCAUUCCCAAACCAACUUACACCCAGUGACUCCACCCUCCGCCUGGUUGACUCUGGUCAUGCCAUCAAUAUUGGCUGUGUGCCUGUCCUGCGGCCAGAGAGAGAUGUGGAUGUCAUCAUAUCUUUCAAUUACUCAUGGGACCCAGAGCACAUCCUCAGGGUCCUAGAGAAGACAGCUGCUUACUGUGAAGACCAUGACAUUCCCUUUCCCAAUGCUGAUUUUGCAUGUCUGGAAAAGGAGCCUCAAAAGGAGGUUUACAUCUUUGAGGAUAAGGAAAACCCAAAGGCCCCGAUAGUGGUUCAUUUCCCACUUGUCAAUGUCACUUACAAACACUUCAAACGCCCUGGUGUGAAGCGUGAGACUGAGGAAGACCUAAGAGCUGGGGAGGUGGAUGUGAUCACCAGCAACUCUCCAUACACCACCAAGAACAUGACCUACUCAGAAGAGGAUUAUGAAGCUCUGGUGGAUUUGACCACUUAUAACAUAUUAAACAACAAGGAGAGCAUCCUUGAAGCCUUGUGUAAGGCCCUGGAGAGGAGUGAAUCCAAGAAACAAAAAUAA